AUGGCUGCAGAGCGGCUGCAGCACUCCAGAGCAGCUGCCGGUGCUAGUGGGAAUGCAAAGGAAGGAGCUGUUCCAGUGCUGACCCUGGGCGAAGCAGCAGCAGCAGCAACAGCAACGCCAUCUUGCUCUGCCCUCCCCGCAACACUGCACAAAAUGGAGGACGAUUUUGCUUGCCAAGUCAAGAAGAUGGCCUUGGCCAUGGGAGCAUCCCUGACCGACAAGGAUCUUGACUUGUUGCCUUCUGACGUGAGGCAUCAUGCUUCAUUCAACUACACCAAAUUCUUUGACUAUAUGCAGAAAUUUCUGACAUCAGAUGAGCGGGAGCUACACUUGCGGAAGGCUUUCCAAGUGCUCGACAAAGAUGGCAGUGGCUUCAUCGAAUGGAAUGAAAUCAAGUACAUCUUAUCCACAGUGCCCAGCAGCAUGCCAGUGGUGCCCUUAUCAGAUGAAGAGGCUGAAGCCAUUAUCCAAGCCGCUGACACUGAUGGAGACGGACGGAUUGAUUUUCAAGAAUUUUCCGAUAUGGUCACAAAGGAGAAGAUUCCGAAGAAAAAAUAGGAGAGAGAAAGAUGAGCUGCCUCCUGCUUCUCUGCUCAGAUGUCUUUUUUCUGGGGUGGGACUACUGGAACAUAUCUUAUCCAUGUUGCUGAUUAUGAUGAUCUUGCUGAAAGACCUCUCCCUAUUAUUUUGCAGGAUGGGGUGGGGGGAAAUCUACAGCUGUGCCAGGGCUUGCUGAGAGGUCUUUGCAGUGCACGGGGCUUGUGUACCCCCAAUGAGGAUAGAAAGGAUCGGAAGAUGUUAGUUACAUGACCUCUGUGCCUCUCUCCUCACUGGGGAACCAGUCAGUCAUCAGAUGUCUCCUGCCCCUUGAAUAUUUGCCUGGAGUCAUGCUACUUUCUCUAGAACUAUUUUUUUCUCAUCUGGCUUAGCAUGUGUUUCUGCAGUGGAAUGUGUAAAAAAGCAAGACCCACUCUCCAGAUUCUUAGCAAGAUGAUUGCCAGAGGCACAUCCUCCCUCUGGCUCUGGUGCAACCAUUCCUUGGGCACUGCUUAGAAAACUUAGCUGUAGCCUGGUACCUUCCUUCCUUUCCCUUGAGCUGAGAUUCUGCCGAUUUUCAUCGGCUCCUGUCUUUUCUAGAGGGAGACUUGUCUGGUUGCAUGAUAUCAGACACAGACAGGCCUGUGUUAUGGAGAACAUGGGAGUAAUUGAAGUGUGUGUGUGUGUGUGUGUGUGUGUGUGCACACGCAUGUUUUACAGUCUACCCACAGCCCAUCACCUAGCACUAUAUUCUCUCUCCAACUCCACUGCAAGCGUUUUAAAAGGGAAAGCCUAAUGGAUGGAACAUUACUCAU